AUGUCAUUGUCUUCGACGAUAUCUCGGCUAGCAGUUCCGGCCGCAGUUGCAGUCGCUCUGGUCCAGUCCAGUUUAUAUGAUGUUCCUGGAGGCUACCGGGCUGUUAUGUUCGACAGGUUCGCAGGGGUAAAAGAACGCGCUACGGACGAGGGGACACAUUUCUUGGUACCAUGGUUGCAGCGUGCUAUCCUCUACGACUGCCGUAUCAAACCUAGAAACAUUUCGACGACGACGGGCUCCAAGGAUCUUCAAAUGGUGUCAAUCACACUUCGCGUCCUUUCACGUCCCGAUGUCGAACACCUAUCCAAAAUCUACCAAUCUCUAGGCCUCGAUUAUGACGAAAGGGUGCUUCCGUCGAUUGGAAAUGAAGUGCUCAAGAGUAUUGUAGCACAGUUCGAUGCAGCAGAGUUGAUUACACAGCGGGAAGUGGUAUCUUCGAGAAUUCGCGCUGACCUGCUGCAACGCGCCGGGGAGUUUAACAUCAAGCUGGAAGAUGUUUCCAUCACACAUUUGACCUUCGGCAAGGAGUUCACACAAGCCGUCGAAGCCAAGCAAAUUGCCCAGCAAGACGCUGAGCGUGCUAAAUUCAUCGUCGAAAAGGCAGAGCAAGAGCGGCAGGCUGCAGUCAUCAGGGCUGAAGGAGAGGCUGAGGCAGCGGAGACCAUUUCCCGCGCGCUGGACAAGGCCGGUGAGGCGUUCGUGGCAUUCAGGAAGAUUGAAGCUGCCAAAGCGAUCGUGCAAUCGCUGUCUGCGAACCGGAAUGUGACGUAUAUUCCGAGUUCAGGAGGAAACGUGCUUCUCAAUGUCCCGACGGACAGGAAUGCGUAGUAGUGCGCGACUGUAUUUACCGUAGGGAUGUUCCCCGAUGUACCUGCCCUAGUGCCGUUGUUCGGC